AUGAGCCGCAACCUCCGCCUCGCCUCUGGCCUCCGCGUCGCUCCCCGCGCCGUCCCCAUGGUCGGCGGCGUCUUCUCGUCCGUCGCGUCCAAGUACGACAUCAUGAACGACUCGAUGUCGCUCGGCAUCCACCGUCUGUGGAAGGACGACUUUGUGUCGUCGAUGCUCCCCCGCCUGCCGCCCAGCGUGCACCGCAACCCCGUGCGUAACGGUUCCGCUGUUCCGGACGGAGAGGCUCCGGCGCCCGAGCCGUUCAAGUGCCUCGAUGUCGCCGGAGGAACGGGCGACAUUGCGCUUCGACUGCUCGACCGCGCGCGCGAGAAGUUUGGUUCGCGCGACAUCGAGGUCGAGGUCGUCGACCUGACCGAGGGCAUGCUGCACGAGGGCCGCAAGCGCGUCGCCCAGACGAUGUACUACAACACGCCCCAGAUCACCUUCACGCACGGCAACGCCCAGGCCCUCCCCGCCCACAUCAAGGACAACUCGAUCGACCUCUACACCAUCGCCUUCGGUAUCCGCAACUGCACCGACAUCCCCCUCGUCCUCAAGGAGGCGUACCGUGUCCUCAAGCCUGGUGGCCGCAUCGGUGUUCUCGAGUUCGGCAAGGUCUCCAACCCCCUUCUCAAGGAGGCCUACCGCCAGUACUCGUUCCAGGUCAUUCCCGUCAUUGGCCAGGUCAUCGCCGGCGACGCCGGAUCGUACCAGUACCUUGUCGAGAGCAUUGAGCGCUUCCCGUCCCAGCCCGACUUUGCUCAACUCGUCCGCAACGCCGGCUUCGAGACCGGCGCCCUCCGCGAGGGCAAGGGCGGCGCCUGGAAGGACUACACCUUCGGUGUCGCCACCAUGUGGACCGGUGUCAAGCCCCUCUAA